AGGCAGACCUUCAUUGCGGCAGCGGAUUCUGUCGGAAUUGAAGGGCGACGUAACUCCAUCACGUUCGCCUUGAUGUGCAGUACAUGUACCGUAACUUCUCUGCGCGAAGGCUUUUCCUCUUUCUGUUGAUUGCGCAUCCUUUUUUUUCCUUUUUAGAGAACAUUACCAAUCACAAAUGAAUUUUCUGCGCCCGCGCGGUGCGCAGGACAAUCCGAAGGCGGCUCGUUUCGAGCCCGUCAGCGGGGCGAUCCCCAUUCUCGCCACCGGCCGCUUUCCCAGCCCGCGUGCACGGCGCUCUCCCUGCUCGCCAUCCGGCAAUGCCGUCGUGCACUUCUGCCGCGCUGCAUGCGGCUUUCUGCGACGGCCGCGGCGACUCCAUCUACUUCGCGGGUACCGCUGGCUGGAGAAGCGCCGCCUGCGCUGCUGCGCCGCCAUCGCCCUUUUCGUCGUCCUCCUCAGCACGCUCUUUUUUCUUUCUUUCGUUGCCAUCUUUCUCACGUGGGAGCGCCCGUGGACGCAGGUGCUUGUGCGGGAUUACCUCUCCUUCCUGAAGGGCGCCGACCUCCGCGCUCGGGUGCCGGGGGCGUCGCGUCCGCGGGAGCCGGCCCGGCUGUGGGGACUUACGAUUGCCGCGGUGCACCCCCUCGCGGAGCCGCCCCCAGCUCUGGCGCGUACGGCUGCGCAGGCCGACAACGCCGUCCCGUCUCCCCUGACAGCUCGCCUCGAGGCGAAGUACGCUGACAGUUUAGUCAUCUACACCUUCGCCAACGGGACGGAGCGCAAUCACGUCUAUCGCCGCCUCAGUCUAUCCUACUGCGGCUCUCAUAUUCAAAAUAUCGAGGCGCAGCUCCUGCUGAACGGUGUCGUGCUGGAUGGUAAAGGUACGACGGAGUUCUGCACGACACCGAUGCAGCAAGCAAAGACAAACAAGGAGGUGUUGACCAUGGUGGAUGGGCGUGUGGAGACAUCCAUUACAGGUCGUGACCGCGAGACCGACGAGCUGCGGCACAGCAUUCGCAGUCUGGAGAAGCACGUCCAGUGGCACCGCGGGCGUGUGGUGAUUGUGUCGCCCGGGCACCACCCGACGUGGGUGGACGGCGCGAGGAACUUCCUUGCCGGUGUGUGCGGUGGCGCGGCUGUGCAGGCGCUGCGCUCGCGUGGCACGCAUCUGCGGCUGACGACGGUGCACCAGGACGCGCUGAUGGUCGCCCACGCUAGGCUAACAGUCAACACGCAUUCGAUUGAGCAACAACUCUGGCGUGUGCGGAACACGACCGCCGUGCACGUGUACAUGAACGACGACUACUUCGUGAACCGCGACGUGGCCAUCACGGACCUGUUCAACGAGUACGGCGGCACCAUUGUGCGGGUAGAGUCGUCGCUUAUCAGUAGUGCGUACACGGCCAACGAUACGUUACCGACGUGGGAGGACGGUGUAAGCCACACGAACUACAUUGCGAUUCGCGAUCUGGAUCUCCAGCACGAAGAUGACGUCUCGGCACACGCGCUGCAGUUGUUGCAGCAGCAGACCGGGGAUGCGGUGCACGUGCACGCGGACGCGAUCCGCAGUGGUGCCGCCCCCCUGCCCUCUUUCAACGCACCCAGUCCGAAAGACGCCAUGUGGAUGAUCAUGGAUCUGCUGGAGGGGGACCACGCUGCGAAUCUCACUCUUCCAACCGCCUACUCCGCCGAGGCGGUGAUCGCCGCGUACACGAGUCCCUCCUUCGGUGUGGUUCGACCCCACUUCUUUGCCACCCAUGCCCCGUUCGUGUACUGCACCAACAUGCUGCGGUACUUGGCGUCGCGUUACCAGCGGGAGUACGCGCAGUCCAUGUUCCUGCACCGCUCGCGCAGCUCCACAGACUUGUACGUGCCGUUCCUGUACAACGCGUUUGUGAUGGCCCGGCCGUGGGUCGCCUCGCCGCGCUUUCUUCCCUAUCUUCUUUUCCAACGAGAGAUGGAGAGAGCGAUGGCGCGGCGCGGAGGGGAGCGCGUCGGUGUCACGGAACGGCCGGACGCGGCGGCCGCCGCCAACCUCAACGAUGUCCCGCUUCAACAGGCAAGACAGAAAGAAAUGGAGGAAAUCAAGAAGACCCUCUCGCUCAACCCCAUCCGACUGGACAACGAGGACGGCUGUGCGCCGGCGACGAUGCUGGUGGGGGAAGCAGAAAACAGCUGCCUCUUUGGCCGCUUCACCGAUGAUCUGAACGAGAACAGCCGGUACAUGCGCCAGAUUGCGGAAGAGAAGCCCAUGUUUUUUAACGUGAACUCCGGCCUGACGACGCUGACGGCAGCCGAUCAGCUUCGUGCCUUUCUAAAAACGAAGUUUCCACAGCAGAUUUUUUUAGAAAAGGCGCGUGCAUCAGCAGGGGUGGUCGAUCCGGCGCUGACACCGCUGUUUAGUGCGCUGAUGACGUUGCCGGUGUUGGCUGUGGUGUCGUUCGCGGAGGGCGUGUGCCCGCUGGUGCGCAGUCUGUCGCUCGCCUUCGCCGGCCACCACCGUGGUCGCGUGCACGUUCGGCAGCCACGACACGGCCUUGGGGAAGUCGACGCCACGCUGGGGGAGGUUCGAGCGGAGUUGCACUACACGCCGAUGAGUGCGCUGCCCGCUGUCGGCUGUACCUUUUCCUCGAGAGUCGAUGUUGCCGUGACGAAGCGGGGACAGAGCCUCGUGAACCUUACCCUGCAAGCCUUUGCCAACGAUGGAGGGUUUGCGGUGGCGCUGCCGUCGACGUGCGGUGCCGGGGACGGUGGCGCCGCGGGGCUGCGCGUGCAUGGGUUUGUGAUCGACGCACAGACACCGCAUCUUCCACUCCGCCAAGUAAAACACAUUCCCGAGGCGCUGUCGAUGCCCGGGCAGACGCUUGCGUUGGAGGACUUCCGUGCGAUGCGUGUGGGACCGGAUGACCGUGACGUUGUGCUCGUGCUGGCCCGCGAGGACGCCGCGGCGAAGGCGGUGCACUGGAUCGACGGCGCAUCGGAGAAUGAUCUGCUCAUCACCUUUCCACUUCCUCUAAGGGAAUAUGAGGAAAUGGAGGCGAUGAUUAAGUGGGUGGCGUGGCAGCCGUGA